AUGUUCCCAGGAUCAGGAAGAAAAACAUAUAAUCAACAGGCUCCAUCACAGGGACCUCCACCAAAUGGAUAUCAAUAUGGUGCACCACCACCAGGGCCACCACCUAAUGGAUACCAAUAUGGUCCACCACCGGGAGCACCUCAAGGAUAUGCACCACAAGGACAGUAUCCACCACAAAGAUAUGCACCACAAGGCCAAUAUCCACCGCAAGGAUAUCAACAACAAGGGUAUCCACAACAACAACAACAAGGGUAUCCACAACAACAACAACAAGGUUAUCCACAACAACAAGGGUAUUCACAACAGCAACAGCAAGGUUACCCAGCGCAGCACUUUGGUCAGGGUAGAGGCAAUCCAAAUCCGACUGGACCACCGCCAUCAGCACCUCAAAAUUUCGGCCAAAAUACUGGUAUGACUUUCCAGUACUCGAACUGUAACGGUAAAAAGAAGGCAUUAUUAGUUGGUAUUAAUUAUACUGGCAGUAAGAACCAGUUGCGUGGGUGCAUCAAUGAUGUCAAAAAUAUGAGUAAUUUCUUGAACCAACACUUCGGAUAUUCAUACGAUGACAUGGUUAUUUUGACAGACGACCAAAACCAAAGAGCUCGUAUUCCUACCAAAGAAAACAUUAUUAGAGCUAUGCAAUGGUUAGUUAAAGAUGCCAGACCUAAUGAUUCGUUAGUUUUCCAUUACUCGGGCCACGGUGGGGUUACUAAAGAUUUAGACGGGGAUGAAGAAAGUGGUCUUGAUGAUGUUAUUUAUCCUCUUGAUUUUGAAGUCAAUGGACACAUCGUUGAUGAUAUUAUGCAUGAAAUCAUGGUGAGACCGUUACCACAAGGAUGUAGAUUAACUGCUUUGUAUGAUUCGUGCCACUCAGGGACUGCGUUAGAUCUUCCUUAUGUCUAUUCUACAAAGGGGGUUGUCAAGGAACCAAAUUUAUUGAAAGAUGCUGGUACUGGUGCAUUUAAUGCAUUCCUUUCUUACGAAAGUGGUAACAUUGGCGGUGCUAUUUCGUCGCUUUCUGGGAUUGUCAAGAAAAUAUCAAAUCUGGCAAGUACUAAUAAAGACCAAGUUAUUAGAAUGAAAGCUUCGCCAGCCGAUGUUAUUUCUAUUUCUGGUUGUAAGGAUGAUCAAACAAGUGCAGAUGCCAAUGAAGCGGGUCAAAGUACGGGGGCAAUGAGUUGGUCUUUCAUUAAGACUAUGAAUGAGAUGCCAAACCAAUCUUACUUGUCAUUGUUGAAUAACAUGAGAACCUUAUUGAAAAGCAAGUACUCACAGAAGCCUCAAUUGAGUUGUUCACAUCCACAGGAUAUGAAUUUACAGUUCAUAAUGUAG